GAGAUUUGAUUGCAAUUAUACUCCGCCAAGACAACUAAGCAACUGAGCUUAAAUUACUCUCAGAAAGAUUUAAAAUUAAAUUGGAUAAUGACUCCAAAAUGGGUUAAUGCAGAAAUCACUUUUGAGAAAUUAAUACACAUAGAAUUUGAGCCAAAAUGGGUUACUGCAGAAAUCACUUUUGAGAAAAUUUUCCUUUUGUUGCCGUUUCACUUUUGUGGAAUUUACCCAAUUAAUUUCCAUCUCCAUCGAGUGAAAAAAAAAGGAAUGUCAAUCAAAGUUGACUCUUCUCUAUCUCCUUCUCACGAACCCUAGCUCUGCAUCACAAAGAUCGGCGGCGCGGCAGGCUCGGCGACGGUGAGCCAGGACGGUGCGGCAGGCUCGGCGACGGUGAGGCAGGGCUGGCAGGCUCAUCAGGCGGCAGGCUCGGCCGCAACGAGGAUUCCACAAUACUCAGUCGGAAAUUCACCCAUCAUCUACUCCCGCUUCAGUUUCUCGCAUAAGCUCUGAACCAUCAAACCCGGUGUCAUCGCCCUUCCCAAUCUCCUCAAUUGUGGCGUCCGUUGCCAUUCUUCCGUCAAUCUCGAGGUGAAGGGUCUACUUAGCCACCACUUCUCCUUGUAGUUCUUUCGCUAACUCAAUCUUGACGGGAGAAGAAGCAAUUUUUAAUUCUCCCUUGUCGCUGCUCUUCUUGAUCGGCAGCUGUGGUUAUCCGAUCAGAUGUUUGUUGUUUUCUCCCCUGUCAAAUGAAAAGAAGUGCAGUUUUUUGUUGUACAUGUUUUCAUAAAGAAGCACUUUUUUUUUAGGUUGCUGGUUCUAUUGUACAUGUUUGCUGCAAUUUAGUUGGAUACAAUGUAUUAUUUUUGAUGUUAUCUGGACUCUUGGUGCAGGUGCUUAUGUCCACAAUGAGUGAAUAUGAGAAAGUUGAAAAUGAUGAUAUGCCUUCACAGGAAAAACACACAGAUGAAGAUGUCAAUAUCCCUCAAACUUUUGAUCAAGCUAUAUUAGCUUUAGUGUUCGAGACCUUGGAAGAUGCUGAAUUCUUUUACAAUGCCUAUGCAAAAAGAGUUGGGUUUAGUAUUCGGAAGCGAGAUUGUCGAAAAUCACGUGAUGGCAAAAUGCUAAUGCAAAGAUGGGUUUGUGCAAAGGAGGGCCAUCGGCAUCAAGUGUGGUUGGACAAAUAUGAUCGUAAACGCAAGCCGCGUCGAAUAACUAGGGGAGGUUGUGAAGCAGAAUUUCGCGUGAAUUUGGAUCAUGAUACUGGGAAGUGGGUUGUGAAGAAACUAAUAUCAACUCACAACCAUAACUUGGUUUCAUCCAAGCGGGUCCAUCUUUUGCGAUCUCACCGUGAAAUCAAAGAAAGUGAUAAAUCUUUCAUCGAGGCAUUGCAUAGUAUUGGAGUAAGCCCUCGUUAUAUAACUGAAUUUUGCAAGGAGCAACAUGGAGGAUAUCAGCAUAUGGGAUUCACACCAAAGGAUAUAGAAAAUGAAGUGCAAGCUAUUCGAAAGAAAAUGGUCCAAGGCGGUGAUGCAAACACUACCAUAGGAUAUUUAGAGGGGAGGAGACAAGCAGAUCCGGAGUUUUUUUUCAAGUACACGGUGAAAGAUGAUGAUAAACUUGGACACCUUUUCUGGGCAGACUCGGUGUCAAGAUCCGAUUAUGCAUUCUUUGGGGAGGUUGUAGCAUUUGAUGCUUGCUACCGGAGACAAAAGUACAACAACCCUUUAGUCAUGCUUAUAGGAGUAAAUCAUCAUCACCAGAAUUUGCUGUUGGGAGCUGCCUUUUUGAAAGAUGAGAAGACUAAAAGUUACAUAUGGUUACUGCAGACAUUUUUAGAGUGCAUGGGAGGUAAGAAGCCAUCGUCGGUCAUUAUAGAUGGGGAUAAAGCGAUGCACCAAGCUGUAAGCCAAGUGUUUCCUAAAGCUGCCCACCGCCUUUGUUCUUGGCAUAUAGAUCGUAAUGCAGGUGAUAUGAAGCUUGGUGUCAAGUUUUUGCAAGGACUGAAUUAUCUUAUGAAAAAUAGAAUGUCGAUCAAGGAAUUUGAGGAAAAAUGGCAGCGAUUAGUGACGGAAACUAACUUAGACCAAUAUUCUUGGGUGAAAGGUUUAUAUGGAGAUCGUCAUAUGUGGUGCGAAGCUUAUCUGAAAGGAAAUUUUUUUGGAGGCAUGACCACUACCUCCCGCUGUGAAGGAAUGAAUAGCACGAUUAAUCGGUACGUUAACCAGAACUUGAAGUUAUUUGAAUUUGUGAAAAGAUAUGAGAGGAUGGUUGAUAAGUUACGCUUCAACGAGUCAAAGGCUGACUUCAUAGCAUUUCAUUCGAGGAUGGUGUGCUCUCAUGUCCUUCUUAACUAUGAGCAGCAAGCUGAAGAGUUGUAUACUCCAACCAUUUUUGAACUUUUCAGAGAGGAACUUAGGUUUGAAACUAGCUAUCUGUUAUCUGAACCUAUGACACAAGAGGGGGAUAUUGAGAUUUUCAAACUCCACCAAUGGUCAAAGCCUAGUCGGAUAAGAACUGUGGAGUACAAUACCAUAAAAGACACAAUUAAAUGCUCGUGUUCGUUGUUGGAGUCAAUAGGUAUCCCAUGUCGGCAUAUUCUGAAUGUUAUCAAGUUGAGAAAAAUGCCUCGAAUUCCUCAAUCGUGCUUUAUCUCGCGGUGGACAAAGAAGGCAAAAGGUUUGGGUUCGGAAGAUGCAAUCACGAGUUUGAUUGAUAGUAAGCUUGUUGAAACUAUGCGCCAUGGGGCUUUAGUUGCUAAGGGUUACAAAAUUUUCCAGCUGGGUUCCAAAUCAGGAGGGUGCUUCGAUAAAGCUUCAGAAGAGCUAACUCGACUAUCAACAUCGCUUGAGAAACUCAGUGACCAAAACAAGCCUUGCCUUGUGAAAAGAAAAUAUGGGGAUGUGGGAGACCCAGACAUAGUGAAAACAAAAGGGACAGCACGUGUUGAUCGCAAUGUUAAAAAGAAGGAGAGAAAGUGCAGCACAUGCGGUAAGCCUAAGCACAACAAAGCAACAUGUCCAGAAGCAUAAGGUAUCCGUAUGUUCUUCCUUCAUUGAAAUGCUUUUGCUUAUCCCUCAUCUAUUUGCUAGCUUUGACUAAUGCUAAGAUUUUUGUUUUUUGAUAUUUGCAGGAGAGUUGAAAAUAGAGUGAAGAGAAGAAGGGCGGGCAGAGGAACUUGCAAUGUCUUGGGGAAUUGCAGCAAUCCAUUUAGCAUGUUUCUCUGAAUUGGAAUGACUAUUUGAUGGAUUCUUAAUUUUUUUAGUGGAUAUUAGUUGGAUUGUUAGGAGUUCUUGAUGUUAUUCCCUUUAAUUUGAGCCUAAAGUUUGGUUGAAAAAGAUUGUGUUUCAUGUUUUGGAACUGCAGAGGCAGCCCCUAAAUGCAGAGUCAAAAGAAAAAAAAUGCAGAGGCUCAUGUUUUGGCACUGCAGAGGCAGUCCCUAAAUGCAGAGUCAAAAGAAAAAAUGCAGAGGCAAAGUGGAUGGGAGAGUAAAACAUGCGGAAUUGA